GUCGGUUUUAUGCUUUUGAGAAAGCUCACCGGUUGGAUCCCACUUCAAGUGGACGUGGUGUUCGCCAGUUUAAAACUGCACUUCUUCAACGACUUGAAAGGGAGAAUGACCCAACGUUGAUGGGAAGAGUCAAAAAAAGUGAUGCACGUGAAAUGCAGAGCUUUUAUCAGCAUUACUACAAAAAGUAUAUCCAAGCUCUGCAAAAUGCUGCAGAUAAAGCUGAUCGUGCACAGCUUACAAAGGCAUACCAAACUGCAAAUGUUCUCUUUGAGGUUUUAAAAGCUGUUAAUCAGACGCAGGCAGUGGAAGUUGAUCGUGAGAUAUUGGAAGCUCAUGAUAAAGUUGCUGAAAAAACAGAGAUAUAUGUCCCUUAUAAUAUUCUUCCUCUUGAUCCUGAUAGUGCAAAUCAGGCGAUUAUGAGAUAUCCGGAGAUUCAAGCCGCUGUCUAUGCUCUUCGUAACACCAGGGGCCUUCCCUGGCCUAGUGACUACAAGAAGAAGAAAGAUGAAGAUAUCCUAGACUGGCUUCAAGCAAUGUUUGGUUUUCAGAAGGAUAAUGUGGCAAAUCAAAGGGAACACCUAAUUUUAUUACUUGCAAAUGUGCAUAUUCGACAGUUUCCAAAACCUGAUCAGCAACCCAAGUUGGAUGAGCGUGCUCUAAAUGAAGUGAUGAAGAAACUUUUCAAGAACUAUAAGAAAUGGUGCAAAUACUUGGAUCGCAAAAGUAGUCUUUGGUUGCCAACUAUACAACAGGAAGUACAACAACGUAAAUUACUAUACAUGGGUCUAUAUCUACUAAUAUGGGGUGAAGCAGCAAACUUGAGAUUUAUGCCGGAAUGCCUUUGCUAUAUCUAUCAUCAUAUGGCCUUUGAACUAUAUGGUAUGCUAGCUGGUAAUGUCAGCCCCAUGACGGGUGAAAAUGUGAAGCCAGCCUAUGGGGGAGAGGAAGAGGCUUUUUUGGGCAAAGUUGUUACUCCUAUUUAUGAAGUGAUUGCAAAGGAAGCUGACAGGAGCAGAAGAGGAAAAUCAAAGCAUUCACAGUGGAGGAAUUAUGAUGAUUUAAAUGAAUACUUUUGGUCAGUGGAUUGCUUCCGGCUAGGUUGGCCGAUGCGAGCCGAUGCUGAUUUCUUUUGUCUGCCCUCUGGACAAUUUCAUCCUGAGAAAAAUGGGAUAUUCCUUGUGCUCUAA